GUCAUAUAAGGCAUAGGAAGGCUUCAGGGUCCCGGUGAGGAGCCAUGGGGAUGCUGGUAGCCACGGCCCUGGCCGGGAGGAUGCUGAGUACACUCAGGCAGCCGCUGGGCUCUCUGUGGGGGAGCCUGGCCACCCUGCUCUGCUGGCUGCGGGCAGCACUGUGGUGGUCAGCUGCAGAGAAGGGACAGCAGCAGCUUGGGGGAGAACCGGAGGGGACCCGGGAGGAAGAGGAGGAGGAUGGCACGAUUCCCACCAGUGUCAACUACCACUUCACUCGGCAGUGCAACUACAAGUGCGGCUUCUGCUUCCACACGGCCAAGACAUCCUUCGUUCUGCCCCUGGAGGAGGCCAAGAGAGGACUGUUUCUGCUCAAGGAAGCCGGUAUGGAGAAGAUCAACUUCUCUGGUGGGGAGCCCUUUCUCCAGGACCGAGGCGAAUACUUGGGCAAGCUCGUGAAGUUUUGCAAAGCGGAGCUUGGUCUGCCCAGUGUCAGUGUCGUGAGUAAUGGGAGCCUGAUCCGCGAGAGGUGGUUCAGGGACUACGGUGAGUACCUGGAUAUCCUCGCCGUGUCCUGUGACAGCUUUGAUGAGCAAGUCAAUGUCCUCAUCGGCCGGGGCCAGGGAAAGAGGAACCACGUGGAAAACCUGCAGAAACUGAAUAAGUGGUGUAAGGAGUACAAAGUGGCCUUCAAGAUCAACUCUGUGAUCAAUCGAUUCAACGUGGAGGAGGACAUGAGAGAACACAUCAAAGUGCUCAACCCUGUGCGCUGGAAAGUCUUCCAGUGCCUCCUGAUCGAGGGUGAGAACUGUGGCAAAGACGCCCUGAGGGAAGCAGAGAGAUUCCUCAUCAGUGAGGAGGAGUUCGAGGGCUUCCUGGAGCGCCACAGAGAGGUGUCCUGCUUGGUGCCCGAGUGUAACCAGAAGAUGAAAGACUCCUAUCUCAUUCUGGAUGAAUAUAUGCGCUUUCUGAACUGCAGGCAGGGGAGCAAGGACCCGUCUCGGUCCAUCCUGGACGUCGGCGUGGAGCAGGCCAUAAGGUUCAGCGGGUUCAAUGAGAAGAUGUUUCUCAGGCGAGGGGGCAAGUACGUGUGGAGCAAGGCAGACAUGAAGCUGGACUGGUGACCGGAGGGCGAGAGGAGACGCCAGCACCUGCCCGAGGGGGCCCUUGUGGUCUCUGACGUGACCAGGCCAGCGGCUGGGUACCUGCUCAGCAAACGCCCUGGGAACGGAGCCCCAAAGGACUGUGGCAGUGAGUGUGGAGCGGGCCGGGUCCAUUCAAACAGAGCCAUGCUCCGGGCGGCAUUCACAACUGACUCCAAGCCUGUUAGCUUUAAGACAUGGUCUGGGUCCGAGGGAGAAAAGCCAGCCCCUUCCUCUUUGUAGCUCAAAGGCAAAGCAUGAUGCAAAGGCUAUCACGAAAUCAAAGUCCCCUCCUGGUAACUGACACAGCAUCUCACUGCCUGCAAAACAAUCAUUCUUCUAUAAUUGUUUCAAAAAAGCAAAAUCAUGGAUUUUGUUUGGUUUUUGGGUUUUGGUUUUUUUGCCAGAGCAGAUUAAUUUCAUUCAGCUGCAAUUCCAGUGCCUGACAGAAGAGGGCGCGUAGAUGUAGAUGUAUGAUUUCAUUGUUCCAGAAAUUCUGCUUCAUAAUCUAUUUUCAGGACUUUCUGAUUUGAAUGGCGAUUUUUUUUUUAAAAAAAGUAUUCCUACCUCAAGUUUUAAGGCUUUAUAACUUAACUUAACUUACAUGUUUGUGUCUUAUCUAAAAUAGUAUUGGGCCAGGGAUUUAGCUCAGUGGUGCUGCUGCCCGCCUCACUUGUGCAAGGUCCCAAGUUGCAUCCCUGGUACAAAAAAAAAAAAAGUAUAGGUUAUCCUAUACUGUAUUUUCUAAUUUGUGUAUUUUUUAAAAGAGAAAAAUGAAUCACAAAGUCCCUCAUUUUACAAUUAAAAUAUUCAGAUGCCCUUUUUUCUUAAAGUGGAGGAAUAGGAACUUCUAGUGUUACAGUAAAAUUCAAACUUGGUUUACAUAGUGUUUUGCUUUGCUUUUUCAACUUUAAAUGCAAGUGUUAGCUUUGUGAGAAUGCUCAGAUUAUUGGGAAAGUAAAGAACAAUAUAACUGGUGUAUCUUCAGUGUUAAGGGCAAGUGUUUGCAAUGAUUGUUUUAAGUUUGGGUGGUGAUAACAUGAAAGGAAUUUUGUCUGAAGAAGCCUGGAAGGAUAAGUCACAAGCUAUAGCCUGCUGGUCUUCCAACCACUUAUCAUCUCUGCUAUUUAGUGAGUGAUAAAUAAUAUGACAGUGGUUUGUUUUCUUUCAAGUUUGAAUGCAAGUGAGCUUAUUUGGCGGAAUGAUCUAAAAAAUGGGAUCAGGUUUAUCUUUAUUAGUGUUUGGAGUCUAAUUGCUGCAUAGAUUAAAAGCUGGGUCAACCAGAUGUGGUAGUGCAUGCCUGUAAGCCCAGCAUCUCUGGGAGGCUGAGCCAGGAAGAUCAUGAGUUAGAGCAAUUUAGUGGCUUACUAAAACUCUGUCUCAAAAAAACCCAAAUAAACAAAAACAAAAGAAAAACCCAAAGGGCCGGGGAUAUUGCUCAGUGUGAAGGCCCUAAAGAAAAGGAGGGGGGAAAAAAGAAAGAAAGGAGAGGAGAGAAAAGCAAACCAGUUGAAUAGAGUGGCAAUAAAGUUUCUUUCAUCAAUAAUGCAUCAUACAUCCUACUCUCCUGCUGAAUGGAUUGUUUAAUAAGUGGUAAUUAGAGGUCAGUCACGCUGCAGGGCUUGAAAGCUCUGAGUGUAUGAUGAGGUUUAUUUUCUAGGUAGAUGUGUGUAUUUCCAUAUAUGAUGCUCUUGGCAUUGGUCUAAUGUGCAAGAACAUGCUGGAGGAUAUUAAAGUAUUUUUGUGCAGUG